AACAGAAUUUCAACCAGGUUUUCUCUCUUUCUCUCUCUACCCCUAUCACCUCCUCUCUUCAAAAAUCCUCCCCAUCACUCUAGGGUUUCUGCAAAUCUCACCUCCACCACAAAACAAACGAUGCAUUCGGGUUUCGAAACCCCCGGCAUCCACAACCCGCCGCAACCCGAUAACCCGCUUCUGCUCUCCAUGAACCCGACCCACAUCCUCGACCAAAUCCACUCCACUCAACCACAACAUCUCCACCACUACGGCGGCGGCGGCGGCGCCUACUUCCCCCUCAACUUCAAACUCGGCCUCAGCGAGAGAGGAGAUGCUUAUUUGCUUCGUGGGAGUGAGCAAUACGAACUGCCCGAGGCCCGACAAUCUUCCCUCGGAAUGCUCCACUCCCAAUUUUGGGAACCCCUUCCAGCGCAAGUAUCCAAUGAAAACAGUGAAUUGAGGCAGGGAGAAGCUCUAACGGCCUGUUUGGACGCCAAAAGUAGACUACAUUUCAGCGAACUCGAAGCCAUAUACAAACGUGACACCACCCAAACAGCGCCUAACUCAACACCACUACCCCUGCCCGGGCUGCCCGCGGUCAACGAAGAGGAAUCUUCUAGAAACUUCAAGGAAGCGAAGAAGACGAAGAGGAGGAGGAGGAAGAAAACGGCCGAUCCGGAGGUAAUCAGCCCGAUGGCGGAAUUCUUCGAGAAUCUGGUGAAGCAGGUGGUGGGUCACCAGGAGAAUCUGCAGAAGAAGUUCACGGAGGUGAUCGAUCGGCUGAACGAGGAGAGGAGGGCGAGAGAGGACGCGUGGAGGAGUCAGGAGGUGGCGCAUUUCGAGCGCGAGGCGGCGGCGAGGGCUCACGAGAAGGCGAUGGAGAAGAGCCGAGAGGCGAUGAUCGUCUCGUAUCUGGAGAGGAUCACCGGCCAGAGGAUCGAUCUGCCUUCGUACGGAUCGAAUUGCGGCGGAGAGGAUGAGAUCCGGCGAGAUCUGGAUCGGAAUUGAGGAAAUGGUUUGAGCUGGUAAAAAUUGAAAUGCGCUUUUUUUUAGAUUGAAAUGCAGGAGAAAAAAUUGGUGUUUGGAUUUUGCUAGCUAGAAAUUUAGGUGAAGAAGAGAACUGAGAAAAUUUGACUUUAUUUGAGUAGUUUAUAUAUAGAGAAUUAAUUGAAGAUCUGCAAGGAAGCAUCAGCUAGCAUGAUCACUGUGUUUCUUCUUCUCACAAGGAAUUAGGGUUUAUGUUUGGUUCAUCACUUCGAUUAAAAUAUAGCCCUAAUUAAUUUCCUUUCCGUAUGUAGUAACAUUGUUUUUUGGAAGUCUAUUGCACGUUCGGAUUGAAAACGAAAGUAUGAUAUA